UACACUCCCCACGUCGAGCCCCAAUGUCCUACUCCGGCGACCCCUUGGCGCCGCUCCGGCAGGCGGAGGCGGUUCGCCACGCCCUCCCGGCUGCCGCGGCUCCCCAGUUUGCUCCCAGCUAUCGCUCCCACCGUCGUCCGAGACGCCCUCCCCGCCUCGCGUGCGCCCGCGGGCAUCCUUCCGCCGCCGCAGCACCACCCCACGUCCACCUGUUCUCUCGUAGUCGCCCCCAUCCUCCUCCCUUCUACUGGACUGCUGGCGCGGGGACUCGGACGGUUUCUUCUUGUCCAGGGUGUGUGGCUAGCCCAACUAGUACUAAAGCGAUGGACGACCAGACUGAGAGUGAAGUUGUAAUGGGGUACACGAUGACCCAAAUCUGUGACAAGUUCAUCGAUGUCUUCAUGCAUCAGAAACCAGAAACAAAGGACUGGAGGAAAAUAUUGGUGUUCAGAGAGGAGUGGCAAAGAUACAGACCACACUUCUACAAGCGUUGCCAGGCGCGCAUAGAUGAGGAAACUGAUUCUCUUGUAAAGCAAAAGUUGGUUGUACUUGCUAGAAAAGUAAAGAAGAUCGACAAUGAAAUAGAGAAGCACAUGGAACUCUUCACAGAGCUCCGCGAGAAUCCAACUGAUAUCAAUGCUGUUGUUGCGAGAAGACGAAAGGAUUUCACUGGGGAGUUCUUCCGCAAUCUUAAUUAUCUUGUUAAUGCUUAUAAUGGCCUUGAUGAGCGAGAUGCAAUUGCCAGGCUUGGGGCUAAGUGUCUAUCUGCAAUUCAUGCAUAUGAUUGCACACUACAACAGUUGGACAUUGAUUCUGCUCAGUCAAAGUUUGAUGAUAUACUGAACUCUUCUUCACUAGAUGAUGCAUGUGACAAGAUAAAAAGUUUAGCUAAGGCUAAAGAGCUUGACUCGUCUUUAGUUCUUCUGAUUAAUAGAGCUUGGGCUGCUGCAAAAGACUCCAAAACUAUGAAGAACAAGGUCAAGGACAUAAUGUAUCAUAUUUAUACAACUACAAAGGAAAGCCUCAAAAUCAUUUCACCUCCAGAGAUGAAGCUUCUGAAGUACCUACUGAAUAUUGAAGAUCCUGAAGACAGAUUUGCUGCCCUUGCGACUGCUUUCUCUCCAGGAGACGAGCACGAGGUCAAGGAUGAAGAUGCUCUUUACACAACUCCCAACGAGCUCCACAAAUGGAUCAAGAUGAUGCUGGAUUCGUACCAUCUCAACAAGGAGGAGGCGGACUUCAUGGAUGCCCGAAGGAUGAGCGAUCCGGUCAUCAUCCAGCGGCUGACUCUUCUCAAAGAGACGGUCGAGGAAGAAUACAUGAAGCAGUACAUAAACCCAGAGGACCAAGAACCAGAUGGCAGGGAAGCACCAGAAUACUACCCGUAGCUGUAACACCUUUGACUUGAUAAUGUUUUGUAGCUGUAUAUCGAAGAGAAGAUGUUUUGUAAGGUGCUAGGGCAGUUACAGGCUUAAGAGGUAGAUGUAGGUAGAGGUAUAUCUUGUAUCAAGAUCAGUUCUAGGUAGAGGUAUAAAACA